AUGAAGCCAAACCUCACUCCGUCGAUAUCAUCCUCACGGCUCCUCCAACUCCCAGCCGAACUCCGUCUCAAGAUCUACGAAUAUGCACUAGUUGUACCGAACGAGUACCUAGUCAGCAAACCGAUGAUCGUACUAGGUGAUCAUGGCAAAACAUUCACAGCCCGUGGCCAAUACCGAGCAUUAUCAAUGAGUCCUCACUGGGUGGGCGAAGAUGGCACCGCACGCAAGUUACUAGCGGUGAACCGCCAACUCCACGACGAAGCCGAAGACUACCUCUACUCCUCGCACACCCUCUUCCUCCGCAACUCCUUCAAUCUCGACCGGCUAUCCGACUUCCUCAACACGCUCAGCGCAACCGCCCGCGCCCGCAUCCGCAGCGUCGGCUUUGAGGUCUUCUUCUUCGUGCAUACGCAGACCGGCGUGCCGAAACGCACGCUAAAACAAUACGAGGCGGCGGCACGGCUUCUGUCCGAGAAACUUCCCCUAUGGAGUAGUGUGCUGCUUUAUCUCGAUCCACGCUACUAUUAUCCAUCUGCAAACGUGGGUGGUCGGGAUCUCACGGCCCGGGGGGUGUUCGAUCUCGCUACGCGGUUCGGCGCCUUGUGCAAGGAUGUGAGCUUCUAUCCGCUGCCGAAUGGUGAUCACUAUUUGCUUGAUGAGGCUCGGCAGUUUGUGUGGCGAAGUUGUGUGCCACUGAGACAAUCGGAUGAUCGAUCUAUUAAGGGAUGUUCGGCUUGGUCUUUGGAUUUCCAGAAGAAAUUGGUCGCGCCAAGCCGGCUGCGGCCCGCGUCAUCUGUUUGCUGA